AUGAGGCUUUUCGCGGCAGCUGCAGUGGUCUGCGGUCUACUAUUGCCCAGCAGCGUAGUAUGCGCCGAAUCCGACCUGUCAUCCACACGCGUGCAAUUGCCCAAUGAUUUUACGCCGCCGCAAGUGUUCAAGAAUUUGAAUCUUCUGCGGAACACAAACCUCGAAAAAGGAUACGUCCGGGAGACCGUUGAUGUGGUGGUCGAGAAUGUCGACGACAAGCCACAGAGGGAGUACUACCUCCCAUUCCCGGCAGACGUGUUUGGCAAGAUUGGAGGUCUCGAAGUGAGAGACAAGAAGUCUCCAGAGAAGGGAAGAUUCGAUGCCGAAGCCAUCGAGACCGAUUCAUCCAAUGAUAUCAACUACUACGUUGUCCAAUUCCCUGACGCUCUGGCUCCGUCUUCGCAAAUCACCCUGAGAAUAUCUUACUCCGUCCUCUCCUCCCUCAGCCCGCUCCCUGCGACGAUCCACCAGUCCGAGCAGCAGUACCUUGCCUACACUUUCUCGGCCUAUGCGCUCUCGGCGUACCCUGUUGAUAACCAGAAGACGAAGCUAAAGCUGCCGAGUGUCAAUGUCCCCGACUACACGACCACCACUGGACUCAAGUCCGGCCAGGACCCGGAACGCCAGGGUUCGGUGUACACGUAUGGUCCUUAUGAGACUGCCAAGGUUGCACCCGGCACCCAGUACCCUGUUACGGUCCGGUACGAGUUCACAAAGCCCGUUCUCACCGCACACCUUCUUGAACGUGAUAUAGAGGUCUCCCACUGGGGUGGCAACCUGGCGACCGAGGAGCGCUACUGGCUGCGCAACAACGGCUCGCAACUGGAGAAGCAGUUUUCUCGCCUGGAGUGGACCGUGAGCACCUACCAGGGCUUUCCUACCUCUGCUCUGCGUGAGCUCACGUUCCCGUUGAAGCCUGGAUCCGUCGAUCCCUACUUCACUGAUGAUAUUGGCAACGUCUCGACGAGUCGAUUCCGCCCCGGAAAGGUCCCCAACCGUGACGGAUCCCUGGAGCUUCGUCCUCGGUUUCCUAUUUUCGGCGGAUGGAACUAUAGCUUCCGUAUUGGAUGGAACAACGACUUGUCCUUGUUCCUGCGGAAGGCCAUCGGCAGCUCUGGAACCUACAUCCUGAAAGUGCCUUUCAUUGAAGGUCCCAAAAACCCCGAGGGUAUCCAGUACGAAAAGGUCGUCGUGCGGGUCAUCCUGCCAGAGGGCGCCAGGAAUGUCCAGUGGGAGACCAUCAAUGGAGCCACGAGCAAUGGCCUCCCCAGCCUGAGCCAGAUUCACUCCGAGCUCAACGACCACAAGACCUUCAUGGACACUCUGGGCCGCACAGCUCUCACACUGACCAUUGAAAAUCUUUCCGACGAAGCCCGGAGUUCCGAACUUCUGAUCUCCUAUGAUUAUACUCUUUGGGACGGACUUCGCAAGCCCGUCACCAUCACCGCCGGCCUGUUUACAGUGUUUGUUGCUCUCUGGUUCGUGGGCAGCCUUGAUGUGAGCAUCAAGAAGCGCUAG